UGGAAGAGCGAAAGAUCCAAGAAGUGGCAAACUAAACACAUCCACCAUGCAGACAUUCACCAGACUCUCCCACCGCAUCCUCCCCCAAACUCACAAUCACAUCUCACACACACCCCUCAUCCUCAAACGCUUCAUCGGAAUCCCCCCGCAUUUCUCCUAGACGAUUACAUCCCCCGCUACAACCUAUUGAGCUCAGUCGAUUCCUCAAAGAAACGAUCCCUGGCAUACGCCCAUCUACGCGAAUGCAAUCUAUGCCCCCGCAAAUGCGGGGUAAACCGAUACGAAAAGACGGGGAUAUGUCUAAUCGGCGCGCAGACAGCUAAAGUCAAUGUGAUCGCACCGCAUCGUGGGGAAGAGCCCUGUAUUCAGGGGUAUCACGGUAGUGGAUCGGUGUUUUUUUCGGGGUGUAAUCUUCGGUGUGUGUUUUGUCAGAAUCAUGACAUCGCUCACCAACGAAAUGGAUUCGACCUCACACCCGAAGAACUAGCCGAAUGGUACAUCAAGCUCCAACAAGAAGGCAACGUCCAUAACAUCAACCUGGUAACACCCGAACACGUUGUCCCCCAAGUCGUCCUCUCCAUCUUGGCUGCAAGGGACAUGGGUCUACGCAUUCCAAUAAUCUACAACACAUCAUCCUACGACUCUCUCGAUUCCCUAAAACUUCUCGACGGGCUUGUGGACAUAUACCUCCCCGACUUCAAAGUCUGGAAGGAAAGUACAUCAAAACGACUCCUCAAAGCAGACGAUUACACCGCUACCGCGAUGGAAAGUAUCAAAGAGAUGCAUCGGCAAGUCGGGGAUUUAUCAUUUACUUCAGAUGGGAUUGCGAAGAAGGGCGUUCUACUGCGUCAUCUGGUUAUGCCGGGGAAGCAGGAUGAGGGACGGGAGAUUAUGCGUUGGCUUGCCGAGAAUGUUUCGAGGGAUUUGUAUGUGCAUAUUAUGGAGCAGUAUCAUCCUGAUGCGCAUGUUGGGAAGAAGAGGCGGGUUACGAGGAAGGUGAGGAUGGGAGAGGGAGAGGGAGAUGGGGGGAAGAGUGGACAGGAAGAGGUGAAGUAUGCGGAGAUUAAUCGGGCUGUAAGCGAUGAGGAACUCGGUUCUGUUAGGGAUGCGGCGGUUAAGGCUGGACUUUGGCGGUUUUGUGAGGUUAAUGAGCAGAAUAGUGCUUUUCAUCUUUAA